AAGCCAACUGAUUGGCGGUAGAUGAAGAUCCCAUUUCCGUUUUGUCGUUACUGCAGAGAUUCAAAAAUCAUCUUGAGGAGCCACGUCCAUGCUUGAAUCAGUGGCCAGCUAUUUGAAACUUUGAAGCAAGAAAAUCCUCGUUCGGCCAUUUGGGCUGUGGGUGUCUUCUCUAUCCCUAGUCGUCUUUCACUUUACUCACAAGGUUCAAGAAACUGGAAAGUGCGGUUCUUAGUAAUCUUAUUCUGAAAAAUGAAAUAGCAGCAAGACGCCAUGCGUCAAGUAGCUGAACCCUCUUCCAUUUCUGUUGUUAAAUUUGGGCAGUUAGCUGAUUCUGUUACUACUGUAGAACCAAAAGGAUUCAGGGACCUUAAUCAUAGAUGGCAGUGAUCAUGGCUUCACAAGGUUGCUAUUGCCACCAUGUAGGGGUGACAAGCCAAGGAAGAACACCAACCAAUCUUGGAUUCUCUGGCUCAAUUUCUAUUGAUAGAUUUUUCAAGUCUAAAAAGUUAAGCCUUAUUUUGGCUAGGAAACACAGAUUCCCAAUGUUUCUAGUGGAGAUGCAACAGACUGAGGUGGGAUCAUCAAAGUACGGUACCAAUGGUAGACCUAUUAAAAUGGUACCAGCGAAUGAACUAGUGAAAAGAAGGACAACGUCAGCAAAUAAAAUCAAGAUUGUAAAUGGUUCAAAGCAAGUAGUUAAUGGGGCAACUAUAAUAAGAAAAGAUCUUGCCACAUCAUUGACAAAAAAAGUGAAGUCUGGAAACUCGCAAGAACUUCAACCGUUGGAGGAGCUAAAAGUUUUGCCUUCAGAUGAAGGCUUCAGUUGGGCCAAUGAAAAUUACAAUUCUAUACAAAGAUCUAUAGAUGUUUGGUCAUUUGUUCUUUCUUUACGCAUUCGUGUUCUGUUGGACAAUGCUAAAUGGGCAUAUGUAGGAGGCUUCACAGAAGAAAAGCAGAAAACCAGAAGGCAGAAAACUGCCUCAUGGCUACGAGAGUGUGUAUUACAGCUAGGUCCAACUUUCAUCAAACUUGGACAGUUAUCAUCAACAAGGUCUGAUCUAUUUCCCCGUGAAUUUGUGGACGAGCUUGCAAAGUUGCAGGAUAAAGUCCCUGCCUUCUCACCAAAGAAAGCAAUAGGAUUCAUAGAGAGUGAACUAGGGGCACCCAUCAACGUGUUGUUUAAGGAGUUUGAAGAUCGUCCAAUUGCUGCCGCUAGUCUUGGUCAGGUUCAUCGUGCUAUUCUGCAUAAUGGAGAAAAAGUAGUUAUUAAAGUCCAAAGGCCUGGUCUGAAGAGGCUUUUUGACAUUGACUUGCGAAACUUAAAGCUGAUUGCAGAGUAUUUUCAGAGAAGUGAAACUUUUGGUGGUCCAAGUAGGGAUUGGAUUGGAAUAUAUGAAGAAUGUUCAACGAUUUUGUAUCAAGAAAUUGAUUACAUAAAUGAAGGAAAGAAUGCUGAUAGGUUCCGCCGAGAUUUUCGAAACAUAAAGUGGGUUCGCGUACCUUUGGUUUAUUGGGAUUAUACUGCUACAAAAGUGUUGACCUUGGAGUAUGUACCAGGUGUCAAAAUAAAUCAGGUGGAGACGCUAACUUCUAGGGGCUAUGAUCGAUUGAGGAUCUCAUCACAUGCUAUUGAAGCAUACCUUAUUCAGAUACUGAAAACAGGAUUCUUCCAUGCUGAUCCUCAUCCUGGGAAUCUUGCAGUUGAUGUGGAUGAAACACUUAUUUAUUAUGACUUUGGCAUGAUGGGGGAGAUCAAAUCAUUCACCCGAGAGAGGCUGCUUGAACUUUUUUAUUCUGUUUAUGAGAAGGAUGCUAAAAAGGUUAUGCAAUGCCUGAUAGAUCUUGGUGCACUUAAACCAACUGGAGACUUAUCAUCAGUGAAGAGAUCUGUACAGUUUUUCUUGGACAAUUUGCUAAGCCAGACACCAGAUCAGCAACAAACUUUGUCUGCGAUUGGAGAAGAUUUAUUUGCCAUAGCUCAAGAUCAACCUUUCCGAUUUCCAUCUACCUUCACCUUUGUUAUCAGGGCCUUCUCAACACUUGAAGGCAUAGGUUACAUUCUCAAUCCAGAUUUCUCCUUUGUGAAGAUUGCUGCACCUUAUGCUCAGGAACUUUUAGAUAUAAGGCAAAAGCAGCAGACGGGGCCACGACUAGUGGAGCAAAUAAGGAAACAAGCAGAUGAUGCUAGAUCCUCCACCAUGUCAAUGCCAUACAGAGUACAAAGAAUAGAGGAGUUUGUGAAGCAACUUGAGGAUGGGGAUCUUAAACUCCGGGUCCGGGUGCUUGAGUCUGAAAGAGCUGCUCGAAAAGCAACAGUAUUGCAAAUGGCAACUAUGUAUACAGUGUUGGGAGGAACCUUGCUAAAUCUUGGUGUCACCUUGAGCAGCCAAGGAAAUAUCGCCAUUGCAAAUGGAUCAUUUGUUGGUGCAGGUGUUUUUAUGACACUAUUGUUCAGGUCUAUGCAAAGAGUAAAGAAACUUGAUAAAUUUGAGAACAUGAUAUAAACAUACACCGAACAAAUUAGAUUCUUUGAAGGAUAUACAGGAGAAUAAUUAGUUAAUAUCAGAAUACAUAAAGCUUCUACACCCUUGAGGGUGGUUUUAGAAACGCAGUGACAAGAUAGCCAUGAGAUGAAUAGCAAGCUAGUCAAUGUGCUCAUCUGUUCGCUUCACAAAAAAUAUGGUUAGAAGUAACAAUCGAAUUUCUUAUGACCAAGUUCUUAAUUUUAAUGAUAAUAUUUGAGAGAUGAUGAUUUGACUGAAGUCAUGCUAAAUGAGCAUGAAAAGCAUCAUUUUUCUUGAAUUGUUCA